AGCUGGCCCAAAGAAACAGAAACCGAGACCGAGACCGAAACCAAAAGCGACUCGCCGCUCUAAGCCGCCCGCCCAGCAAUAGACUCAAGUGCCAGAUCUCCAGAACUCUAGAAUCGUGCGCAAUCCAACCCACCAGCCACCAGCCAGCAGCCUGCAGCUUGCAGCUUUCAUCCAGAAGCUCCUCGACCUCCGGCUGCAAGUCCCAGCAAUCCACAGAGAUGCCGUCGCCCGGGCACACAUUUUGCUUCUCCUCAGCAGGAUUUAUCGCUUGCUCAGCAAUCGUUCUGCUUUGUAGUUCCGAGGUUCUAUCCAGUUGGGAGGAAUGGUGGACAUACGAUGGUAUAUCCGGACCAAGCUUCUGGGGCCUUAUCAAUCCACAGUGGAAUAUGUGCAACAAAGGACGGCGCCAAUCGCCCAUCGAUGUGGUGCCUGACAAGCUGCUGUUCGAUCCCUACCUCCGACCGCUCCACAUCGACAAGCACAAGGUUUCUGGCACUCUGCACAAUACGGGCCAGUCGCUCGUCUUUCGCGUCGACAAGGACACCAAGCAGCAUGUGAACAUAUCCGGCGGCCCUCUGGCCUAUCGCUAUCAGUUCGAGGAGAUCUACAUCCAUUACGGCGUGGAUAACACUCGCGGCUCCGAGCACUUCAUCCAAGGCUACAGUUUUCCCGGCGAGAUUCAAAUCUAUGGCUUCAACAAGGAGCUAUACCACAACAUGUCCGAGGCCCAGCAUAAAUCGCAGGGUAUUGUGGGACUGUCGCUUAUGGUGCAGAUUGGUGAGACGCCCAAUCCGGAACUUCGCAUCAUCACGAGCACCUUCAACAAGGUGCUCUAUCGUGGCUUCUCGACGCCCAUCCGGCACAUAUCGGUGAGGUCGCUGCUGCCAAACACGGAUCACUACAUCACCUACGAGGGCUCCACAACCCAUCCCGGCUGCUGGGAGAGCACCGUCUGGAUCAUAGUUAAUAAACCCAUCUAUAUCACCAAACAAGAGUUAUACCAACUCCGACGACUGAUGCAAGGCUCCGAGAGUACUCCAAAAGCUCCACUAGGUAAUAAUGCGCGACCCGUGCAAAGUUUACAUCAUAGAACCGUAAGAACGAACAUAGAUUUUAAGCGGAACAAGAAUCAAUAUGCUUGCCCCUCGAUGUAUAAGGAUAUGUAUUAUCGGGCGAAUCGCUGGUCACCAGACACGGGACUCUUGAUACGUUGACAACCGUACGUGGAAGACUGCGAAAAGCAAUUAAUAUCGUUGCUAUUAUUAUUAAUAUUAUAUGUGGUGAAUAAUGCUACAGCAAUGGCAACUACAUAUAUUGACAGCAGGAAGGGCUCCAACUGCAGCCAGUGACCGAGGCGGUCAGCGGGUCACUUUGCAGUUUUUAUGUCGCAUUCAAUUUUCAUAUUCAUGUUUUUAACACGAACUCGGGAUUCGUUUGGCCUGCAAUAUUACCACAACAAAAGCAGCAGCAACAGCACGAAACUGUAUAUUAUUUAUUGCAUUAUUAUUAAUAGCAAAACAGCCGCCGAAACAGCAGUAGCAACAACAUUAAACAUGAAUUUAGGUAACAAAUGCUUGCAGCAAAAAUAACAACUACUCGUAAGAACGCUACAAUUAAGUGCCUCGACUAUGUAAUACCCGGUACUUAGGUUCUCAAAGGGUAAACAGAUGGCAUGCAUUUCUUUGCAAUGGCGAAAAGUAGACUUUGGCUUCCAUAACCUAAAUGAUCUACUACUCUAAAGCCUUUCAAAACUAUUUUUUUGUAUUUUUCUGUUUCUUUCCCCACACAUUAGCAAGAUUAGAAUAUAUCCCUUGAAUUCUGCAAGUAUCAGCUACGAAAU